GCUGUGCUCUUCAGAAUCCCUACCAUUCCAGUCUAGCUAAACCAAUCUGAUCAUGGCAGGCGUUUUCUCCUUAUUUUCUAGAGAUAACUCGACCGCUUUGCCGGCCUCUGCAUCCUGGCACGCCGAUCCUGCUGUGCGUGGCACCUGGGGCAUUGUCUCGGCAUGCCUGUCAACACUCGUAAUAUGCGUCUGGAACGCUGUCCACAUCGACAUUCCCCUCCGACCGCGUAGGUGGGAGUUUGUCGACAAGCUGCCCUGGCUCGCCGUCGGCCUGCUGGCGCCAGAUUACUUGCUGUAUGUGGCAUGCUGCCAGCUGUACCACGCAAAAAAAUUAUCUGCCGCUGGAAAGGUGUACCUGAUAAGUUCCGAACAGCACAAUAAACGGCCGACGUGCUUUCGUCGUUUCUUCCGCUGGGCUGGAAGCCCGCUCUCAAGGCAACUGAGCACUAGCACGUCCACUAGAGUAUCACCAGAAGUGUUAGAUGCAGAAGGAGGAGAGCAGGAGAGACAUGGUAUGGAAGAUAUCGGCACUGUCGAGUUGGCAGAGCUGGAACUCAAGCCUUCAGGCACGCCACCAGCAGAAGCAAAAGAGGCGCCACCAGCACCCGAAGCCAACGGUUCUUCUGUAAAGAAACGAGAGCAUAAGUGGACCCUUGUGCACAGCUUCUACGCGUCUAUGGGCGGAUUCGUCGUAGAUGUUGACACAUCCAUCGCUCCAACCCUAGCUCCAACGUCCCAGCUCUUCCCAAAUCGGCUCCAAUCAGGUCGAGCCCGCUACAUCCUCACCGCACGAGGUGUCUACUUCCUCAUGCAUCAUACACCAGAGCUCGUGCCCGAUCUGUCCGAGUCGAGCAUUCUCAACCGAUGCCGAUCCGAUGCUCUCGCGAAGGCCCUCCUCGUCGCGCAGCUGCUCUACUUCUGCAUCUCCUGCGCACUACGCCUCGGUCAAUCGCUCUCAGUAAGCCUUCUCGAGGUCACGACUUUUGCGCAUGCUGUGUGCGCCGUCGCGACGUACGCGGUGUGGUGGAAGAAGCCGUUUAGCGUCGCAGAGCCGACCGUUAUCACCUGCGAGACCCAGGGUGCCGAGGAAAUUAUUGCGUACCUGCUGAUGGCGAGCAAGUGGACGACGGCUCGAUGCGCGGGUCUCUGGCAGUCAUCGUCACCCGGCGAGCUAUUUUUCCUUAUGGUGCGGCCUGCAGCUGGCGAUGCCGACAGCGGCAACAACCCUUCUGCAGUACCGCCGGCGGAGGUCAUAGCCAGCCACGGGCUUAGUCACGAAGCACCGGCAGCAGCGCCUUCAGAAAAGGCCACCCGCGUGGGCGAGUACAUAUUCCUUGCCCGCCCAGAUCCAAACCAACGUCAACCGUCGUCUUCUGGGAAAGUAGUCAGCAGGCUGUGGAGACCUCUGGGUGGCAAAGCGAUGAGUCGCCCGAGUGUCAACAUCGCACGCUGGACGCUAGCGGCGCGUGCUAUGACACGCAUGGGGAACGCCGGCGCACUCCCUAGAGCUGCUCUCCUCUCGCAGCAUGGGGGUCUCGGAGAGUCGGUAUUCGGCAGCGACGGACCUGCCUACUGGUGGCUUGUCCCUGGAUCCAUCGCCGCUGUUUACGGGCUCAUUCAUGUGGCGGCUUGGAACGCGUCGUUUCCAACAGUGCUUGAAGGCUUGCUUUGGCGUACUGCAUCGUUUUAUGCGCUUGCGCUGGGAUUUGCCCCUUCUGUAGUGUUGCAAACACUGCAAACGAUUUCCAAUGUCGCUUCACGCCCUAUGCGGUCUGUUUCAUUGACUCGGAGAAGGUUUUUUCUCAUCAUGAGGCUGAUUUCCUAUGCGAAUCUCUACUUGCUGAUUGUGACUUAUCCGAUUUUCACCACUUAUCUGCUUUUGGAAAGCGUUAGACAGAUUCUCUACCUUCCAGCCGACGCAUUCAAGCUUCCUGACUUCUCCGUUUAUGUUCCUCAUUUCUUUUGA